AUGGAUGUUCAAAUUAAAACUCCUUCAUUAUCUGUAAAUCAAGGUGCUCCAGCUAUCAAAUUGGCUUCCUCUAAAUAUAGAAAGAAAAGCUCAAGCAGUUCAUCGUCGUCCUCUUCAAGCAGCUCUAUCGAAAUACCUAAUCCAAAGCAAAUUCCUAAAAUUUCUGAAGGACAAUCAGCCAUUUCAGGCUUAAAAAUUGGUACGAGGCCAGAAAAAGGUGCUGAGCCAGAAAAUUUUUGAAAUUUUAACUCUCAAGAAGAUUCACACUCAUCUUCGUCGUACGGAGACACCGAAAGUGAAAGCUCUGUCGUAGCGAAUAAUCAGCAAGCAUCAGGCCAAAACCAGCCGAGUGUACCUGACUCAAAGCUAAAGUUCGAUUUUAAUAUCCCAAAGCCAAAUCUAGCCCAAAAACAAAAUAACCCAAUCGCGAAAAUUUCUUCAGGUUUCAACGAGAAAAAACAAAUAAAAUUUUCAGAAAAUAGCUUUUCCUCUAUUUCUGAUGAAGAAAAUUCAAGCUUUGCCAAAGGAAAAGGAAUGGAUAUUAGGGGAAAAGCACCAAAUAUUCGUCUGGAUACAAAUGAGUCAGAGUUAUCUGAAGAAAGCAAGCUUAUGAAUAAUGAAGAAAAUCAAUAUGUAUUAAGCUUAGGCAAAGAAGCAGCAAAUCCUUCAAGAAAAAUCGGGUUUUCUGGGCCAGGAUUGGUUGGAGCAAGUGCAAAUCCUCAAAGAGUAAGUCCACCAAAGCCUAGAGGUUUUGAACAAGUUGACGAUCUUGAUGUAAUUAUUCUCCAAGAAAACCCUAAAAAUGUGAUGCAGCCUAAAAUAGAAGAAUCCAAAUGGAAAAACCCUCCAACAUUUCAGUCCCAAGGUCCUGGAGAAAUCAAGCAAGAUCCUAACGUCCAGAAAAUCGAAAUUAAAGGAGAAGGAAAAAUAGGUGGAAGCUUUGGGCUUGGAGGAAAGACUAGUGAAAAUCCAGAAAAAGGAAAAAAUAUUGAAAUUAAAGGAGAUGGGCCUAAAAUUGGUGGAGGCUUUGGGUUUGGAGGAAAGGCUGUUGAAAACCCAGAAAAAGGAAAGAAUAUUGAAAUUAAAGGAGAAGCCCCAAAAAUUGGUGGAGGCUUUGGGUUUGGAGGAAAGGCUGUUGAAAACCCAGAAAAAGGAAAAAAUAUUGAAAUUAAAGGAGAAGCCCCAAAAAUUGGUGGAGGCCUUGGAUUCGGAGGAAGACUUGCUCCCUUUAAGAGCAAGGAAAAUGAUUGGAAAAAAUAGACCUAAUAUGAGCAAAAAUUUUUUAAAUUAAAAUAUUUUUAUAUGUAAUUAAUGAUUGCUAUAAUGAUAUCUAAGCUAAUUCUAAUGAAUUUAGGUAUCUUGCAUUUUUUAAGCAUAAAUUUGUAAAUCAUAUUAGAUUUUCGCUUCAAAUAUUUGGAUUUUUAAAAUCUGCUAAAAAAUUAUUUUACCUGAAAGCAAAAAAUCUUGGAGCUCUUAAAAGAGUAGGAGUUAGUGAAAGUUCAGAUAAUGGCAAAAACACUGAAAUUAAAGGAGAAGUGCCAAAGAUCAGCGGAGGUCUAGGAUUAGGAGGAAGAGGUAGUGAAAGCUCCGAAAAAGGCAAAAAUAUCGAAAUUAAAGGUGAAAUACCAAAAAUCAGUGGAGGCUUUGGACUGGGAGGAAGAGGUAAUGAAAGCUCCGACAAAAGCAAAAAUAUCGAAAUUAAAGGAGAAGUGCCAAAAAUCAGUGGAGGCUUUGGACUAGGAGGUAGAGCCAAUGAAAGUCCAGACAAAAGCAAAAAUAUUGAAAUUGGAGAACAUGACGCAAAACUUAAAUUUCAGGACCCGAAAAUGCAAUUUGGCUUUAAAGGCGAGGAUAAAGGACCAAAAUUAGGCGAAUUUAAAAUGAAAGGAGAUCCAAAUAUAAAAGAAAACGAAGAUAAGUUCAAAGCUGAAGUUGGUAUAAAUAAAGGGAUGCAAAAAGGGCAGAUGGUUGUAAAAGAUGCAGAUGAGGCAGAUAUGGACGUUGAUAUUGGGAGGCCUCAACCAAUCGGAAGAAUUCAAGGCAAUUUCCAAGCCCCUGAAUUAAAUGCAGCAUCUAAAGGAAAGAAUAUUGAGCUAAAAGGUCCACAGCUUUACGGUGAAGGUCAAACUGAUAUUAAAAUUGAAAAAUCCACAAAAGAGCCUGGAUUUGGCAUAAAUUUGUCUGGAAAAUCUACCAAUAUAUCAGGCGGCAAUUUUGAAAGUCCUAGCAUACCUAAUUUUGGAGUAGACUCAAAAAUUGAAGCCAAAAACAUAGAUUUAAAUAAACCAAAAUUGGCAUCAGACGAAAGUAUUGACAAAAAAGGCACUUUACAAAUAAAUCCUGAAGGUGUUAAAUUCCCUCAACAAGAUAUCGGGAAUAAAAAAGUAGAAAAAGGAAAUUUAAAUUUUGGGCUUCAAGGAAAUGUGCAAGGGUUAGAUCCAGCGCUAAAAGGAAGCAAACCUAAAGGAAAUUUAUUGCAAGAUACUGAAAUUAAAGGAAAUAUUGAUAAUAAGCAGUCAAAAUUAAAAUUUGAGCCAAAAUUGACUGAUAAUAUUGAAAUAGAUAAGCCAAAGUUGAAGACUGGCUUGAAAAUAGGACUAAGUGGAGAAGAAGAUGCAAAACUCGCCCAGCCUGCACCUGAGCCUAAGCUAGAAGAAAGACUAGACAUUCAAAAGUCAAAAGAAAGUAUUGAGUUCAAAGGAAAAAUGCAGUCUGAAGAAAGUCUCAAGCUAAAAGGAAACCUCCCAAAUCCUAAAAUACCACAAGAAGAAAUAAAAAUUGGAGCUCAGAACUCAUCAGUCCAAGCUAUCUCCCAAAACCAGCCUGGAAAUGAGCUUAAAUACUCUACAAACCCACCUGUUAUCAAAGCCAAUAUUGAUCCUAACUCCUGACCCUUUAAAUUAGACCAAAAAUAUCUGUUCUAAUAAGAGGGUUAAUUUAAUUUUUGAAAAAAUUUAAAGUUAUUUUAUAAAAUCAAAUUGUAUUCAAAAUUUUUGAAUUUUUAAUUUAUUUAUAUGAAGAAUUAUUUUAAAAUGUUAAUCUUAAAAAGUGCCAUCUGCCUAAAUAGCGUUUUAUUUGCACUCCCUCCAUUAAGCAGGUUCAAAACAUUAUUUAAAAAAAAUUAUUACAAUUUAAAUAGGGUUAUUUUACCCCAAAAAAUGAAAUUUUACCUAUAAUUUUUCCAGUUUAAAGGGAUUAAGCUAAAUAUUGAAAAAUCUGGUUUUGAUAAAGACCUCAAAUUACCCAAUCAAAAGUUAAAAGAAGAAAUUCCAAGCAUUGGCUUACAGAUGGGGAAACCUGGAAUAAGUUCUGAUAUACAAAUCCAAGGGAGAAAAAGCGAAGAAAAAGUUCCUGCUAAAAAAGAUGUAGUAAUAGCAGGUAAAAAUACAUUUAACCCUAUUGAUGCAGAUGAUUGAUUAGAUUAGAUUAAAGCAGGUAUAUAGUGUCUAUUUUGGCUCCUCUCUGUCUUCACCAGCUUCAGGUUCGAGCGGGCCCAAUGCACCUGCUAAUACUUAUAAUUAUUUGACGUUAUUUCUGAUCGGCUCCUGCGAGCCAAAAAUGGGGUUCCAUGUGGAAUUUCUGGAUUUUCACUCGUGAAAUCUAUCUUUGGCUCGUGGGAGCCGAUCAGAAAUUUAAGCAACUGAUUAUAUACCCUUUUGAGUAUGUUUCAUUAAAAAUGGUCAUGUCGGCUGCAGGGAGGCUUAUCCAGGCAUUUUCUUGGGAAAUAUCUAGCAAUCGGCAUCAACUCUAACUGAAGAUCAUAAAGAAAACAAACGUUCCCGAGUUCUCCUUCGGGCCCUAUUAAGCUCGCAUCCUGAAAUAUGGGAUUUUUCACGGCAGAUUCUGGUACUACGCCUGCAGGUCUACAUAAGAAAUCCUGAUAUUGUGCCCUAGCUAGGGAAAAACAACUUCUUAAAAUUAAUGGAUCCCCUUACAAGAACUGGGAUAAACUGACAAAUCACAUAAGAGUUCAUAUAACUGGCCAUCUUUUAUAAAGUAAUGAAGAUGAAGAUAUUGAAAUAACUAUCCCUCAGGCUAAACUUGGGGUUAACCUUGCAGACCCAAAGCCUGCACAAAAGCAAGAUUUAGGCUUUCAAAUAGAAAAGCCAAAAUCUGGAUUUCAAGGAAUUGUUAGUGAGCCACAUCUUCCUCAAGGUAAAAUUAUAGCUGAGCCUCAGCUUCCUCAAGCAAAAGCUAUAGAAAGCAAAGAAAUCAAAAUUGAAGGCCCUAAAGAAUCAUUCGGAUUUCAAGGCAAAAUAUCAGGCCAAAACAUAGAAAUUGACGAUAAAAAUGUUGAGCAUAAAAUCCCUUCAAUUAAAAAAGAAACUGGAAAUGUCGAUUUUGCUCCAAAAAAUAAAUUCCCUGAGGUAGGCUUCGGAAUAAAAGAGCCAGCCAAAAAAGGAUUCGAAGUCCCUAGCGUUGAAAACAAAGGCGCAGCCAAAUCAGAAAUAAAAAUAAAUGACCCUAGCAUUAAAGUCCCACAAAUGAAAGCGGAAAAAGGAAACUUAGACGUAAAUCUUAAAGGGCCAGGAUAUGAAAAGCAGCCUGAAGUAGGCUCUUCACAAGUGAAAUUCGGAAAUCUUGAUAUAAAUAAACCUCAAAUAGGCAAUGAAAAAGCAGGAAAACAAGGCAAAUUUGGGUUUAAAGGAGGAAUAAAUUUAGAAAUGGGAGGAAAACUAGCUGAUAGUCCUGAAAGUAAACAAGAUUCAUUUUCUUCAAUUGACAGCAAGCCAUCUGUAAAAGAAAACGAAGCAGGGUUUAAUUUUGAAUUUGAUGACUCCAAAAAGAAGCCAAAUGUCCCACCUUUGAAUAUUCCUAAGACUGGGAAUUUUGAGGUAAAAAUUGAUCAAAAACCAGCCCCUGGACCUGCUGCUAAAGAAACUGGCUUGAAAAUAGAAAAAAGUGAAAUAAAAAUCCCAGAAAUAAACGAGCCAUCAAUUAAGCCAAAAAUUGAAGCAAAAGCAAAUAUUCCUAAUGUAAAAGGACAAAAUAAUCAAGAAUUCAAAGCAAGUAACCCAGAAGUUCAAGGCAAGCUUCAAUUUGACCCUAAAAUUAAUUCCCCUGGCCUAGAUUUUAAAACAAGUGGCGGCUUAGAAAUAAAAACAGCCUCAAACUUGCCUCCAAAGCCUAAAGCUUCUGACAAAUACAACCUCAGCUAUGAUUCCUCUUCAGAUUCUGAUUCUUCAUCUUCACGAAAAUCCCUUGAACACUCUGUUAAAGUUGAAAUUAAAGACCAACAAAAAAAUGUGAAGCCAAUGCCACAGUUUAAGCCCUCCACAAACAUCAUCCAAACUGAAGAAAUCGUAAAAUAAUAAUAAAAUGGUGUAGUCGAGAAAAUUCUUCUCUAAAGAAUUUCACUCCUUUGGCCAAUUUAUUAUUACAGGGUUCAGUUUUCCCGGUGGGACCUUAUCAGGUAAGUAACGGGGAGGGGUGCAUAGCCUACUGGCCUGAUCCUUGGGUGCUUGGUGGACAUAGGAUUUUACUGCUUGGCACUCCAGAGGAGGAGACCCAUAGGCAGCAAAACGCUUAGGAUUCAUGUUUCGAGCAAGGCAACGCAGCCCGUGAGAUUUGGCAGCUAAUUGGCCGUCACUUGCUUAGGUUGGUCCGUCGGCCGAUAAAAAGGGUCACAUCGGAAAUGCCCGGUGACGUCACUGGUUGGUGCCUACUGGGGUGAGCCCUUGUGGCUUAGUUAAAUCAUCUGCGGAGCCAGAGAAGCACGCUAAAACCUCUAAGUAAUGUUAAUGUUAAUGCUAAUGAAGAAAUCGUAAAAAAAGCCCCAGAAAAGCAAAAAUUCGAAUUCUCCAUGCCUGGUCUUGACGAAGAAUCAGUUGAUAUUAGACCUGGCGCCUCAGCCAAGCUGCCAGCAAAAAAAAUUGAAGUUAAAUUUGAAGACUUAGAGCCUGAAAUUCCAAAAAUUCCAAUAAAAAAGGCAGAUCCAAGCCCAGCUGUAGAAAUUCCUAAAGUUUCUUCUGCCAUCACAGUUGCCCAACAAUUAAAGCAGCCUUCAAAAAUUGAAGUAAUAAGGACAAAUCCUGACUCCUCAGCAGGGUUAUCAAAUGGAAGAGACAAUUUAGAAGCCCAAAUGAGAAUGCCACAGCCAAAAAUGAUAAAUGAUAAAUUGCAAGCCAGUGCAGCAAUAGAUAAUGACUGGCAGAUGAACAAAAAUGAUUCCCCACAAAGGAAUAACCAUGAAGAAAUCAAGUUUGAAGAACAAAAAAUAAUUCAUGGCCCACAGAUACAAUUAAAUGCAAAUUUAAAUAGAGACAGCUCACUUAGAGUGCCAACUGUAUUAGAAUUUGAAGAGACUUUGCGAAUUUUUAAAAGCAUUAGCAUUCCUAGUGAUUUUCUGCCAACUAAAACUCUUUAUAAAAAGCAAGAUUGCUUUUUGUCGUUAUUUAAGUGUUUCGGAAAAGAACAGGAUGGGCUGAGUGAGGAAUUAGAAGAGAUCUGCUUAAAAUUAUACAAGUUUUCGAAGCUGCCAUAUAACAAAGAUGACGUUUUCCAUCAAAGCUGCUUGCUAAGUGUCUAUUUUUGUAUGACAACUGAAACAGAAUGGCCUUCAAAUAACAGUGCAUGAGAGAGAAUUGGGAUUAAAAAUAUAAAUACAGAUCUGUCAUGAAAAGGAGCUUGCUAUGGAUUAAUUUCUGUAUUAUUUAUGAACGCGUUUUAUUCAAAUAAAUUCAAAGAAAUACUACAGACUUCACGAAGGCCUGACACUUUAUUCCCGUUUCUUGAAUUCUUAAUGCGAUUAUCUAAAAUCCCAAUAAAAAUCUUAAGGACAAAGAAGCUGAAUGUGUUUAUAAAGAGCAACAAUAAUAAAGCCCUUGAAGUUGUAUUUUUCUUCUAUGCAGGAGUACUGCUAUUUUGGUUUGAAUUAUUCACAAAAUACCAUAUGUCUAUGGAAGACUUCCCAAUCAUGUACGAAAAAACUUAUAAGAGAGCUAAGGCGUCUCCUAAAGAUUUAAUUAUGCAAGCAAAAGAAGUCUAUAGCCAGCAGAGCAAACGGUAA